AUGCAGAUAUUUGUGAAAACCCUAACGGGGAAGACCAUAACUCUCGAGGUAGAGAGCAGCGACACAAUUGACAAUGUCAAAGCCAAGAUCCAGGACAAGGAAGGAAUUCCACCGGACCAGCAGCGACUGAUCUUCGCUGGCAAGCAGCUUGAAGAUGGCCGAACCUUGGCGGAUUACAAUAUCCAGAAAGAAUCGACUCUUCAUCUUGUUUUGAGGCUUAGGGGAGGGAUCAUAGAACCUUCUCUCAUGGCAUUGGCUCGCAAAUACAAUCAAGAUAAGAUGAUUUGCCGCAAGUGCUAUGCUCGUCUGCAUCCAAGGGCUGUAAAUUGCCGGAAGAAGAAGUGCGGUCAUAGCAAUCAGUUGAGACCUAAGAAGAAAAUCAAGUAA